AUGAGCCAGCCAGUUCAUUCAUCUUAUUUACUGUCUCUGGUUUCAUUACCAAAUACUCCCAUAAAAUCACUUACCAACAGUUGGCACAGCACCUCAGACUACUUUUCAAUAAAGCCACAGCUAUCACUCGACAUAGCACAGGACCUAUAUUCAAUCAAGAGCAACCACAGUAGGCAUAGCGACAAGGGUAUUGAUGCCGAUGAAGAGAAAGAAGAACACGGUGAUGAUGACGCUGAAAGUGUUGACAUAAGCGAUGUAAUGGAAACAUUUGAUCAUAUUUCACUACAGGAAGAAGACGAUGUGUAUUACAGUCCAAUAACACCCUUUGAUAGCUCGGUUAUACCGUCAAAGUCAAACUCUUUGAUACGAAGAAGCUUACUCCUACGUCCGAGUACUCAAGAUAUACAACAAGUUGAAUCGAUAAUAGAAUCUAUUGAAACAAAAGAACAACCACAUGCAGCUAUAAAACCUGUACCAACAACUCCUUCAUCAAAAUUCAACUUGUCUUUGCCAAAUUUGCAUCCAUACAAAUUUCUCAUUGUGGAUGACAAUGUCAUAAAUCUCAAGAUACUAAAUCGUAUUUUACUCAAAUUAUACCCCAAGGCUUCAAUAGUUCAAGUAUUGGAUUCAACAUUAGUUGAAGAGAUGGUCUUCAAACAAUCAUUUGAUUCUAUAUUCAUUGAUAUUGAAAUGCCAGAAGUUACAGGACUAGAUAUUGCACGGAUUGUACGCAAUGAUUCACAAUUUGAUACAACUAGUCUAAUUGCUGUGACAACGAGAAACGCCCCACAGGAUCUACAAUUGUUUAAACAAGUUGGUAUCGAUUAUACUUUUGGUAAACCUUUGAAUUAUAAGUUGGAUUUCAUGGCAGAAACUAUAGAUGGUAUUUUGGCACAAAGAAAGGCAUCAACGGUUAGUCCACAAAGUAGAAACCUUUCCACUUCAUCCAAAGGUACUUGUACCACUUUUGCAACCACAACAACUGCAGCAACUGCAACCACAACUUCGACUGCAAUUGUCGAUUUCAUGGAUUUAACUGCUGUGCAUUCGGUUAGUUCUAUUUCAUCUACCGAUUCAUAUACUUUAUUUGAAUCAAAGAAAUAA